AUGGACCCCAGCAACCAGGGUCUCCUCGACAAGUCCCGUGGCUCUUACGACAGAGACUCUGAAGACGGCUCAGACAUUGAUGUCACCGACUACCUACCACGAAAUGACCAGAAAGAGGAAUCGUCGUUUCCGAAGCCCGCUUUCCUUUCCAACAGGUUUCCCGGCUGUCUCGCGGCACUCAAAAGGGCCUGCCAUGGACGCUCACGAUUAUGUCUACUCGUCACCGCCCUUGCUGUCAUCAUGUGGAUCAUCAUCAGCGCCGGAGGUGCCGUCAUGUACAAGAAGUUCAAGAGCGCUCCGCCCACUGGCCAGUCGCCGCCCUGGUACCCGACUCCGAAGGGUGGCAUAUCCAAGAACUGGGCCGAGAGCUACAAAAUUGCCGCCGAGAUGGUAUCCAGGAUGACGCUUCCGGAGAAGGUCAAUAUCACCACUGGAACCGGCUGGAUGAUGGGUCUCGCAGUCGGCACAACCGGUCCCGCCGUUCACGUUGGUUUCCCCCAGCUUCAAUUGCAGGACGGGCCGCUCGGCAUCCGGUUUGCUGACAAUGCAACUGCCUUCCCUGCGGGCGUCACUGUCGGCGCUACCUGGAACCGCGAAUUGAUGUACGAGCGAGGUAAAGCACACGGACAAGAGGCGCGAGGCAAGGGUAUCAAUGUGCUCCUGGGGCCUUGCAUAGGCCCUCUUGGCCGCUUGCCGGCUGGUGGUCGCAACUGGGAAGGUUUUGCCGCCGACCCAUACUUACAAGGCAUCGCUGCUGCCGAGACGAUCAAAGGUAUCCAGGACCAGGGCGUUAUGGCGACAAUCAAGCACUUCGUGGCAAACGAACAAGAGCACUUCCGCCAGAGUUGGGAAUGGGGUCUACCUAACGCCAUGUCGAGCAACGUUGGGGACCGGGCAAUGCAUGAGCUUUACGCGUGGCCAUUUCUCAAUGCUGUGAAAGCAGGCGUCGCGAGCGUCAUGUGUAGUUAUAACAUGGUCAAUAACUCGUACGCGUGCGGCAAUUCCAAGCUCCUCAACGGCAUUCUGAAGGACGAAAUGGGUUUCCAAGGAUUCGUCAUGAGUGACUGGCUCGCGCAGCGUUCGGGCGUUGAUAGCGCUUUGGCCGGACUGGACAUGACCAUGCCCGGCGAUGGACUGUUUUGGUCGGACGGCAAGUCUCUCUGGGGCCCCGAGCUCACCAAGGCCGUCCUGAACGGAUCCGUCCCUGUCGACAGACUGAAUGACAUGGUUGUACGCAUCGUUGCCUCGUGGUAUCAGCUGGGACAGGACGACAAGAAACUGUUCCCGAACGAGCUCCCCAACUUUUCCUCGUGGACCGACGAUAAGAUGGGAACGCUGGCUCCUGGCAGCAAGACUCCUCAGGUGGAGUUUGAGGUUAACAAGUACGUCAACGUGCAGAGUGAUCACUCGGACGUGGCGCGCCGUGUCGCUGCUGAGGGCACCGUCUUGCUCAAGAAUGAGAACGUUCUGCCUAUCAGUAAAGACGGCUUCAUUGAUGCCAAGCGCAAGCGCCACGAAGGGAAGCUGAAGAUUGGAAUCUAUGGCGAGGACGCCGGCCCCGGCAACGGACCCAAUUACUGUAAGGACCGCGGUUGCAACCAGGGCACGCUCGGCUCCGGAUGGGGCAGCGGCGCGGUUGAGUUUCCCUACCUCGUAGCUCCAGUGGAGGCCCUGAAGAAGGCCUUCAAGUCUGAAAAGGUGGAGCUGUCCGAGUUUCUCACCAACUCGCCCCCGUUCAAGAAGGACCCAUCCAUCUUGCAUGACCAGGAUGUCUGCAUCGUUUUCGCCAACGCGGACUCGGGUGAGGGCUUCUUAUCUUGGGGCGGCAUCAGCGGAGACCGAAACGACCUCAAGCUACAAAAGGGCGGAGACGACCUCAUUCUCCAGGUCGCCGAUAACUGCGGCAAGGGCGAUGGCAACCCGGUUGGGGGUGAUACUAUCGUAGUCAUUCACUCGGUUGGGCCCGUCGAGAUGGAGCGAUGGAUCGAGCACCCUGGCGUCAAGGCGGUGCUCUAUGCGAAUCUGCCCGGACAAGAGAGUGGGAACGCUCUCGCCGAUGUUAUCCUCGGUGAUGUGAACCCCAGCGGCAAGCUGCCGUACACGAUUCCCAAAUCGUUGAAGGACUUUGGACCGGGCGGGCAGAUUCUGUAUCUGCCCAACGGUAUUGUGCCUCAGCAAGACUUCUCCGAGGGGUUGUAUAUCGACUACCGCCACUUUGACAAGCAGGAGAUUGAGCCUCGCUUCGAGUUUGGGUUUGGCUUGUCGUACACAACUUUUGACUUCUCCAACGUUGUUGUCGAGGGUGUCAAGCCCAAGAGCCCACUCCCAGCGGCCCGCCCGCCGCCGGCUGCAGAACCGCCGAAAUUCAGCGACAAGAUACCCGAAAAGAAGGAGGUGCUGUUCCCCGAGGGCUUCCGGAAGCUUGAGAAAUAUGUCUACCCGUACCUGGACACCGUGGACGACAUCUCGACGGAGCCGUACCCCUACCCAGAGGGCUACGACGUGGAACAACCCCUCUCGGAAGCCGGUGGUGAGGAGGGCGGAAACCCGGAUCUAUGGGAGAUAUACGUCACCGUCAAAGCGGAUGUAACCAACACCGGCGCCGUCGCCGGCAAGGUCGUGCCCCAGUUGUACCUCACCUACCCGAAGGAUGUCCACGGUGUGGACUUCCCCGUCAAGGUGCUCCGUGGAUUCGACAAGUUCAACCUGGAGAAGGGCGAGAAGAAGACUGUGACGUUCAACCUGACGCGCCGCGACCUCAGCUACUGGGAUGUCCACCGCCAGAACUGGGUCAUGGUCACGUCUGGGGAGUACUCGUUUCUCGUUGGCGAGAGUUCGAGGCAGCUUUCCAGAGUUGGCAGCUGGUAG